CUAAAAAAGGGCAAAAUGGCGUUGUUCGUAGUGGUGUCUGGUGUAGUCUCGUAAAGCAUAGAGUUAAAACAAAAAGAAAACUUUUAAAAAACGACAAAAAUGUAAAUAAAGAAAACUAAUCUGCAAAAAUUCCAAUCGUGUUCCAAUUUAUCAUUUUCUAAUCGAUCCAAAAAUCGAUUCAAAGUCCACACGCCUAAGCCCAAAUGCAUCUAAUUUCAAUCGUUUUCGGUAGCAAAAGUUAAACCAAUCAACUAAUGUGACGGUGACCAUUACCAUGGUUCGGGUAGUCGUGGUCGUGGACAACAAAUUUUAACUCGAACAAAAAGUACAAUGACUUCCCCCAGCACAAGGGUAGAUUUCGAAUUGAUUUAAAUGAAAACAUAAUAAUUAUUAUUUUAAGAAAGUGGCAUAAAUUUGAAUAAGAAUUCGACAUUCGAAGACUUGGGCGGAGAAUUCGGGCAAAAACAAAUUUGAUAUGGAAUUGAAAGUUUGGGUUGAGGGAAUUCAGAGAAUCGUAUGUGGAGUUACGGUCAACACAACUUGUCAGGAUGUAGUUUUCGCACUGGCUCAUGCAACGGGGAAAGUGGGGCGUUUCACUCUGAUUGAACGGUGGCGAAAUAAUGAACGGCUGCUGGCUCCAACGGAGAAUCCAUUAAAAUUACUUCUGAAAUGGGGUGAGUACGCUAAUGAUGUGCAAUUCAUACUGCAACGAUCAGAGCAGACAAAGAGGCCAGCAGCCGCAGAUGAGAAGGGACAAUCACAGCAAUUUAGUGCAACAACAGCAUCAAAAAAACAACCACUCGCUAGCAAUGGCAGUGACUCAGAUAUAAAUCUGCAGCAACCGAUGCAACAACAGCAGCAGCAGCAACAACAGACAAUACACGCAGCCACUGAAUUUAUUCCACUAAAUCGAUGCAAGGAAUUGAGAAAAAGUUUUGGAUCUUCAGAGACAACCAAACCAAUAGAAAAUGUUGGAAUUGUAAAAGGAGUACCACAACGUACACUUACAGCAUCCCAACCAUCGCCCACAUCUCCUCAUAAAUCUGGAAUAAGACAUGAGAAAACACCAUCAAAUCUAAGCCUACCGUCGUCCACAAGUGCUUCAGAUACAAUAGUCAACUUUUAUGAUUCAAAUCCAAUCAAUGAAAUUAAUCUAUCCGAUGUACGUAAUUCACUUGAUCGACGGACUUCUCCAAAAUUGACUCAAAUUAAUUAUUCCCACCAGCAGGAUGCAACAACCAAUAACAUUUCAAAUAGCAAUGAAAAUCUAGUAGAUGUCUACAAUGGAAACUCUUCUAAUUCUAACAACAAUAAAUAUCAACCAAACUCGAAUAGUGUCACACCUGAUUUGUACAAGAAUACACCUCUAAUAUCAUCCAAUGGUGCUCUAGUUCCCCCUCCCUAUCGAGAUCCGCCACCACCUCGGAAUAGUCCAAUGCAAUUGCAACAACAAAAUCAUCAAGUUAAGCUAUUGGAAUUUAGUACAGGUGUAGGUGGAAAUAAUUUAAAAAAAGCUGAUGGUGCUUGUACAAACCCAUUUCUUUCUGAUAUCAGCGAUGGUGAAUUUAAUGAUAAUUUCUUUGAAGCAGCUCAAUAUAAAGAUUUGAUUCAGUUAAUAAAAUUCCAACGAGAAAAAAUCACAUCUCAACAAUCUGAGCUGACCAAGUAUGAUGCUGAAAUUGUUUAUUUGGAAAACAAGGAACGUGAUCAGGCUCAGGAGCUAGAAGCCAUAUCUCGAGAAAUAACAAAAGCUGAUCAGAUAUUUCGACAAGGCAGUGAACAGUUACAGACACUGCAAUAUGUAGAAGAAGAAAACGAGCUAGUUAAACAGCAAGAGAAAACAUUGAAAUCUGAGAUAACAUUAUUGCGAUCGAAGUUAGCAAAUUGUGAGACUGAACUACUGCAGUGCAAAAACAAAAUAAGAAUUCUCAUGGAUGAUAUUCAAGUUGAACAAAGAGCUAUAACAAGUAGGCAAAAGGAUAAUCGGCAAAAUGUAGAACGUGAUUUUCUAAUUGAAAUGGAACGAAUUCAAACGGAAAUCGACCAAGCUAUACAUAAUACAGACUCUUCGAGCAAAGCAACAGAAAAUUUAAAAAAGGAAAUCAAUAUGAUUGAAAAUGCAAUAGCUGAAAAAAAGCGUCAGGUAGAACAAUUAGUUAACGAAAUGAAAGAGGUAAACUUACAAAGCUUAGCAGUUACACCUUCAGAUGAAAUUCGGAACCUUCUCGAGGGUUCCAACAAACCUGGCAGUAGUCGACGGAUUAUUGGUUCGCCAAGACAACUUGAAAAUGCAGUCCCCACUAGUAAAAAUCCCCAUGGUGUAUGGGUAUAAGUUUUAGCGCAGCAAUAAUAAUUUAUUUCACUACUUUUUUAUGAAAAUCCUCACCCUGUACUAUUUGGUAGUUAAGUCUUGUUAAUGUUACACUGAAAUUUGUUAAUCCCAUUCACUUUUGAGAUGGCGUUGAUCUCAUUUUAAUUCUUAAAAUUUAAAUCACAUUUGUAAAUUUCCUAUCAUGCUCCACAAGUAACAUUUCAUAGAAAGAAAUAAGAGAAUGCCGUCAUAACUCGAAAAUUAUGCAUUUUUAAAUAGUCGGCUAUUAAAUUAAAUUUUUGUGAGUUUAUUGUUGUUCGGAGACUCUUUUAGCUAUCGAAUGCAUUUUUUUAACUUUUAUAAAGUAACUCUAAAUUAUUUUUCCUAAGCUUAUUCCAGAAUAAUUUCGUCUGCACGUUGUAUCUUUGGAAGAAACGUAAAAAUACAUUCUACACUAUGUUCCUUUAUUCCAAAUCUAGUUAUGGUGAGCAAACACCUGUUCAAAAUAACAUAUCCUUAACAUAUAGCUAUAGUUCAGGAUAAAUUAUAAUUAAUAGGUCUUUGAUAUUUCAAACGUUUGUAUACAUUUUUAUUGAAUAAUUUGGUACACUGUAGAAUCGAUUUUUUCGAAAAAGUUUUAAUCUUCCCUAAGUACCCACAACUUUUAAUUAACUAUGCUUUUCUUUGCUAAAUAAGAUGUUUUCAAAAAACGAAAGCUUGUUUUUUAACUUUGAUAACAAUGUAGGACCUCCUGAUUAUAAUAUAAAGUGCAGAUCGUAUUUUUUUGUAUCAGCAGUCCAGAAUGGCAAAGCAUUUAUGGACGACUCCCAGAGGUCUACGAUUAUGUAAGAUAUUACAUAUUCAACAAAAUAGUACCAAUUUUCUUCAUUUUUAUUUUGUACGAUGCCGUUCUUCGACCUUAACUUUUAUUAUUUUUUCAAGAAACUGCCGUUUUAUGUGAGUUUGAAAUGACUAUUGUAGAAAACUUUAUACUUUUUAUUUUUGACAUGUCUUUUCAAUGCGUUCUCUAGAGUUUCAUUAAUUAAAAAAAUGUACAAAGUCAGUCAACUGCAUUCUUUUGGGGUUUUCCAUUGGUGAAUUCAGAUUUCCUUUAAAAAUUGACUUUUUUUCGUUGCGCAUGGAACACAAUUGGAUCCGUGUGAGGUAGAGCUGUUAUAUACAGUGACGAGGAAAAGUGAUCAAAUAUUGUCAAUUAUUUAAAUAAUUUACUAAUUUAAAUUAGUUUAAUUUAACUUAAUUUAUCGUUUAAAUUAAAAUUCAAAUAUUUUUAUUUUUUAUUAUUAAGGUUAUGAAUCUUACGUAUAUUAUUUAUAAUAUUUUUUUUUUAAAGUAUAUAUUUUACAAAACAAAAAUUAUUGAAUUAAUUUGUUGACUUGUCCAAUUAUGCACGUUUCAAAAAUUGUUUUUUCUUUUAGUAUUUAGUCUAUAGUCCUUUUUUUUAGUGCUUGUGAGCAACGCUUAGGCAUACUUUCCACCAAAUUAUAAAGAAAUUCUUUUGGAAAAUGACUCCAUUCCAACUCCAAUCGUUACCAAAGCUCCUGAAGCUUCGAUGGGUGAUUUUGGUACUGCCCCAGCCGUCGUUUAACAAUUGACAACAAAUUUUCAAAUGGAUUGAGGUCAGAGCUUUGUGCUGGCCCCGUCAUCGUCAUAAACUGUUGAUUUCUCAACCAUUCUGUGUCAAUUUUGGAAGUGUGUUUGGGGUCUCCGUCCUGUUUAAAAGUUAUUUCACGCUCAUUUUAGACCAUUAAUGCAGUAAAAGGUGGUAAAUUUGUCUUCAAAAUAUCCAAAUAAUUUUCUUUGUUCAUGAUACUCUCGAUUUAUACUAAGGGUCCGACAGAGUUCCACGAGGAACAGCCCCUAGCCAUUACCGAGCCUCCUCCAUGUUUCACGGUCUUCUUAACUUGAUGUUGUUGAAUUCCUUCUCCAGGACGUGACCAAUAAAAGGCUAUUCCAUCCGUUCCUAUUCUAUUAACCUUCGUCUCGUCGGACCAAAGUACUUUUUUCCAUUGGUCUGGUCCAUUGUCUGUGCUUUUUAGCAAAAGCUAACCUGGCCUUAAUAUUUUUCGCUGAAAGCAGAGGCUUCUUUGGUUUCUCUUUAGCGGCUAAUCCAAUUCUUUUAAAUGCCCGGCGUGCAGUCCAUUCACUAACUGACUUGUCUAUGUUUUUGGCUGCAUGCUUAGGUGUUUAUGAUCCACAACUUCUCAACUCCCUUUCCAUUCUUCAUCCAUCCAUCCAAGUCAGUAAGUAGUCGUUUCCGUAAUUUUUUAAUUGAUGGUACAACGAUACAACUUUCAUUAACAAGAAACUACGAAAAAUAAUAAUUAUCUCAACUGUUACUUGUAGAAUAACAGUAAAAUAAACAGCAGAGACUUAAUUAAAAGACGUUGUUUAAUCUCUUGAAACUUACACGUGCAUAAUUGGUCACAUCGAAAAACUAUUAAUAUUUUUAUUUUUUCGUAAAAUAUAUUCUUUUUUUUAAAUCUUAUUAUA